CCUCCGCCGCCGCCCGUCCCCGGGGCACCGGGCAGCACCCCCCCGGCCCGGGCAGAUGUUGGGGUGCGGAGAAGGCAGGCAGAGCCGCUAAGGCGGCCCGCCCCGCGGGUGGGGGGCCAGCAACCGGCAGCGGGGGCCGCCCCGCCGCCGCCUCCUCCCUGCCCGCGGCUCGCCCGGCUCGGGCCCCCCGGAGGCACGGCGAGGAGGAGCUACGGAGCCCGCAGACGGCAGGGCAGGGCGAGGGGGGCGGCCCGGCCCCGGCGGGGGGCUAGGCAGCGGCUCGCCCGACCAUGCCACCCCGGCGCUGAAGCCGCCCCGCCGCAGCCCCCAGCCCCCCGGCCCCGCCAUGGCCGCACCCCUCUAGGCGCCCCACCGGCUCGCCCCGCGUCGUCCCGGCUCCCUCCGGGGCCGCCGGCCGGAGGAUGGACGAGGAUGGACCGCGAGCGGCCGAGGAAGAGCCGGAGCCGGGCAAAGCCAAGACUUUCAUCCGCCUUAAUGACCUGUCCGGGGCCGGGGGCUGCCCGGGGCCGGGGGACAGGGAAGCGGGCAGCGGCGACUCGGAGGCGGAGGCGCUGCCCUACCCGGCGCUGGCCCCCGUCGUCUUCUUCUACCUGAGCCAGGAGAGCCGGCCGCGGAGCUGGUGCCUCCGGCUGGUCUGUAACCCGUGGUUCGAGAGGGUGAGCAUGCUGGUGAUCCUGCUCAACUGCGUGACGCUGGGCAUGUUCCAUCCCUGCGAGGACAUCGCCUGCGACUCGCCGCGCUGCAGGAUCCUCCAGAGCUUUGACGAUUUCAUCUUUGCCUUCUUUGCUGUGGAAAUGAUCGUCAAGAUGAUUGCACUAGGGAUUUUUGGGAAGAAGUGCUACCUGGGAGACACAUGGAACCGCCUGGACUUCUUCAUCGUCAUCGCGGGGAUGCUGGAGUAUUCCCUGGACCUGCAGAACGUCAGCUUCUCAGCAGUCCGCACCGUCCGUGUCCUGCGGCCCCUCAGGGCCAUUAACAGGGUCCCCAGUAUGCGCAUCCUGGUGACGCUUCUUUUGGAUACACUGCCCAUGCUGGGGAACGUCCUCCUCCUCUGCUUCUUCGUCUUCUUCAUCUUUGGCAUUGUGGGAGUCCAGUUGUGGGCAGGUUUGCUCAGGAACCGCUGCUUCCUCCCCGAGAACUUCAGCAUCCCCUACACGGUGGACUUGGAGCGAUACUACCAGACAGAAAAUGAAGAUGAGAACCCUUUCAUCUGCUCCCAGCCCCGGGAGAAUGGGAUGCGCUACUGCCGGAGUAUCCCAACGCGAAGGGAGGAGGGUCUUGAGUGCACCUUGGAUUAUUAUUCCUACAAUGACACCACUAACACAUCCUGUGUCAAUUGGAACCAGUAUUACACCAACUGCUCUGCCGGGGAGCACAACCCCUUCAAGGGAGCCAUCAACUUUGAUAACAUUGGUUAUGCUUGGAUUGCAAUAUUUCAGGUCAUCACACUGGAAGGUUGGGUGGACAUCAUGUACUUUGUCAUGGAUGCACACUCCUUCUACAACUUCAUCUACUUCAUCCUCCUGAUCAUUGUGGGCUCCUUCUUCAUGAUCAACCUCUGCCUGGUGGUGAUAGCAACGCAGUUCUCCGAGACGAAGCAACGUGAGAGCCAGCUGAUGAAGGAGCAGCGGGUGCGCUACCUGUCCAACGCCAGCACCCUUGCCAGCUUUUCAGAGCCGGGCAGCUGCUACGAUGAACUCCUCAAGUACCUGGUUUACAUUGCCCGUAAAGGCAGCAAGCAGCUUGUGGAGCUCUACCGGGUGGCAGGUGUGAGGAUGGGCUUCCUCACCAGCCCUGCGAGCAAGGCGAGUACUGACCGGCAUGCCAGGAAGCACCGGAGAAGGAAGAGGUCCUCGGUGCACCACCUCAUCCACCACCAUCACCACCACCACCACCACUAUCACCUGGGCAAUGGGAACCUGCGGGCACCUCGUGCCAGCCCUGAGAUCAGCGAUGUGGAGACCAGCUCACUCCACAACGGGACCAACCGGUUGAUGCUCCCCCCUACGGCAUCAACCCCACAUGGGGCCCCCAGUGCUGCUCCCAGCAACACCGAGUCUGUCCACAGCAUCUACCAUGCUGACUGCCACUUCGAGCCGGUGCGCUGCCGGCCAUCCCUCCCGCAGCCGGGCCUUGGCUUGCCAAGCCCAGAGGGGAUCCCCAAGAACAUUGUGGGCAGCAAGGUGUACCCCACCGUGCACCCCAGUACCUCCCAUGAAAUGCUGAAGGAGAAGAACCUUGGGGAGGCAGCGGUUGGUGGUGGGAGCAGCACCCUGACAAGCCUCAACAUCCCACCGGGGCCGUACAGCACCAUGCACAAGCUUCUGGAGACACAGAGCACGGGGCCCUGCCAAAGCUCCUGCAAGAUCUCCAGCCCCUGCACCAAGCUGGACGGUGGCUCCUGCAGCCCCGAGAGCUGUCCCUACUGCCUCAAGGCGCUGGCGAGCGAAGCCGAGUUGACGGACAACGAGACAGCCGACUCGGACAGCGAGGGGGUCUAUGAGUUCACGCAGGAUGCUCACUACAGCGACCAGCGGGACCCGCAGCGGGGCAGAGCCCGCGCCAGGAGAGCAAGCCGGGUGCUGGCCUUCUGGCACGUGGUGUGCGAGACCUUCCGCAAGAUCGUGGACAGCAAGUAUUUCGGCCGUGGCAUCAUGGUGGCCAUUCUCAUCAACACACUGAGCAUGGGGAUCGAGUACCACGAGCAGCCAGAGGAGCUUACCAACGCCCUGGAGAUCAGCAACAUAGUCUUCACAAGCCUCUUUGCCCUGGAGAUGCUGUUGAAAGUCCUUGUUUAUGGCCCUUUUGGCUACAUUAAGAAUCCAUACAACAUCUUUGAUGGGAUCAUCGUGGUGAUUAGUGUGUGGGAGAUCGUGGGCCAGCAAGGCGGGGGGCUCUCAGUCCUGCGGACCUUUCGGCUUAUGCGAGUUUUGAAGCUGGUCCGCUUCAUGCCAGCCCUCCAGCGCCAGCUCGUAGUCCUCAUGAAGACCAUGGACAACGUGGCCACCUUCUGCAUGUUGCUGAUGCUCUUCAUCUUCAUCUUUAGCAUCCUGGGGAUGCACCUUUUCGGCUGUAAGUUUGCUUCAGAGCGAGAUGGAGACACGCUGCCCGACAGGAAGAACUUUGACUCCUUGCUUUGGGCCAUUGUCACUGUUUUCCAGAUUUUGACCCAGGAAGACUGGAACAAGGUCCUUUACAAUGGAAUGGCAUCAACCUCCUCCUGGGCUGCUCUCUACUUCAUCGCUCUCAUGACGUUUGGGAAUUAUGUUCUCUUUAACCUGCUGGUGGCCAUCCUGGUGGAGGGUUUCCAGACAGAGGAGAUCUCCAAGCGAGAAGACGCGAGUGGGCAGUUAAGCUGUAUUCAGCUGCCUGUCGACUCGUCGGGGGGUGAUGCUUCCAAGUCUGAUUCAGAGGGGGAUCUCUAUCACCGCAGCCUGGAAGAGGAGGGAGGACUUAAGAAAAACUUGUCGAAUCCAGCCUUGAUGGCCCUGAGUGAUUACCCAGAGCUGAAGAAGAGCCUGACCCCACCACUCAUCAUACACACCGCUGCCACACCGAUGCCCAUGCCCAAGAGUGCCAUGUUUGGAGAUGCAGCACAGGGCUAUGAGUCCCGUCGGGCCAGCGGCGUCUCCAUGGACCCUGCUGCCUAUGAGCUCAAGUCCCCGCCCAGCGCCCGCAGCUCCCCGCACAGCCCCUGGCGCGCCAGCAGCAGCUGGAACAGCCGCCGCUCCAGCUGGAACAGCAUCGGCAGAGCCCCCAGCCUCAAGCGCCGCGGGCAGAGCGGCGAGCGCAGGUCCCUCCUCUCUGGGGAAGGGAAGGAGAGCUCAGAGGAAGGGGAGAGCUCGGAUGAUGAGCGCUCCAGCCGGGCUGGCAGCUUCAAUGGCUCUUUGCCUCAUCGCAUGGAGUCGCUGGAAACAAAAGGCUCCUUCGACCUCCAGGAUACGCUGCAGGUGCCUUCCCUGUACCGGACCAACAGCAUGCACAGCAGCCGAACCUCCACCUCCGAGCACCAGGACUGCAACGGGAAGACCUCUCCGGGCCUACUGCUGCACCAGCUCCACCUGGAUGACCCCCGACAGGACUGCGAUGACGGUGAUGAUGAAGGCAACAUGAGCAAAAAGGACCGCAUGAAAGCGUGGGUACGGGCACGGCUCCCCACCUGCUGCAAAGAGAGAGAUUCCUGGUCCAUCUACAUCUUCCCUCCUCACUCCAGAUUCCGUCUGAUGUGCAAUAAAAUCAUCACACACAAGAUGUUUGAUCAUAUCGUAUUGGUGAUCAUUUUCCUGAACUGCAUUACCAUUGCCAUGGAACGACCCAAAAUCGAGCCCCACAGUGCCGAGCGGAUUUUCCUAACGCUCUCCAACUACAUCUUUACAGUUAUCUUCCUGACUGAGAUGACAGUUAAGGUGGUGGCACUAGGCUUGUGUUUUGGGGAGAAAGCCUACUUGAAAAGCAGCUGGAACGUGCUGGAUGGGGUGCUGGUUCUCAUCUCCGUCAUUGACAUCCUGGUCUCGAUGGUGUCAGACAGCGGCACAAAAAUCCUGGGGAUGCUGCGGGUUUUGAGGCUGCUGAGGACACUGCGGCCCUUAAGAGUCAUCAGUCGAGCCCAAGGACUGAAGCUGGUGGUGGAGACUCUCAUGUCAUCCCUGAAGCCCAUUGGAAACAUCGUGGUCAUCUGCUGUGCCUUCUUCAUAAUCUUUGGAAUCCUGGGAGUUCAGCUUUUCAAAGGCAAGUUUUUUGUCUGCCAGGGGGAGGACACCAGAAACAUCACAAAUAAAUCGGAUUGUACAGAAGCAAGCUACAAAUGGGUCCGGCACAAGUAUAAUUUUGAUAAUCUCGGCCAGGCCCUGAUGUCUCUCUUUGUUCUGGCCUCCAAGGACGGGUGGGUGGAUAUCAUGUACGAUGGCUUAGAUGCGGUUGGAGUUGACCAGCAGCCAGUCAUGAACUACAAUCCAUGGAUGCUCCUUUACUUCAUCUCCUUCCUGCUGAUCGUGGCUUUCUUUGUCCUCAACAUGUUUGUGGGGGUAGUGGUGGAGAACUUCCACAAGUGUCGGCAGCAUCAGGAGGAGGAAGAAGCCAAGAGGCGGGAGGAGAAGAGGCUUCGCCGGCUGGAGAAAAAGAGAAGGAGUAAGGAGAAACAGAUGGCUGAUCUAAUGCUGGAUGAUGUAUUAAUGGAGAGCUCAGCCAGUGCAGUGCAAGAAGCACAGUGUAAGCCCUACUAUUCGGAUUACUCCCGCUUCCGCCUCCUGAUCCACCAGAUGUGCACCAGCCACUACCUGGACUUGUUCAUCACCGGAGUGAUUGGCCUCAAUGUGAUCACCAUGGCCAUGGAGCACUACCAGCAGCCAAAGGUUCUUGAUGAAGCCCUGAAGAUUUGCAAUUACAUCUUCACCGUUAUCUUUGUCCUGGAGUCUGUUUUCAAGCUUAUUGCCUUUGGGUUUCGUCGCUUCUUCCAAGAUAGAUGGAACCAAUUAGAUCUGGCAAUCGUGCUGCUGUCUAUCAUGGGCAUCACUUUGGAAGAGAUUGAGGUGAACGCUUCGCUACCGAUUAACCCCACUAUUAUCCGAAUCAUGAGGGUUCUCAGGAUUGCCCGAGUGCUGAAGCUGCUGAAGAUGGCUGUAGGGAUGAGAGCCCUGCUGGACACCGUGAUGCAAGCGCUGCCGCAGGUGGGGAAUCUGGGUCUUCUCUUCAUGUUGUUGUUUUUCAUAUUUGCAGCUCUUGGAGUGGAGCUGUUUGGAGACCUUGAGUGUGAUGACACACACCCCUGUGAGGGGCUGGGACGGCAUGCCACGUUCAGGAACUUUGGGAUGGCUUUUCUGACCCUCUUCCGAGUGUCCACGGGAGACAACUGGAAUGGGAUAAUGAAGGACACGCUGCGAGACUGUGACCAGGAGUCCACCUGUUACAACACUGUCAUUUCACCCAUCUACUUCGUCUCCUUCGUGCUGACGGCCCAGUUUGUCCUCGUGAAUGUGGUCAUCGCUGUGCUCAUGAAGCACUUGGAGGAGAGCAACAAGGAGGCAAAGGAGGAGGCAGAGCUGGAAGCGGAGUUGGAGAUGGAAAUGAAGACCAUCAGUCCCGGCCAACACAGCCCCUCAGACAUCUUUGCGUGGACAGGCAGCGCCGGUGGAGAGAGACCCGAGAGCCCCCGAGGAUGUACCAAUCCCAUGCAAAUCAAGGUGGAUUCUCAGCUCUCAUUAUUUUACCCUAUGGAAAGGCACUUGUUUGAUACCAUAUCACUGCUGAUCCAGGGAUCUCUGGAAGGAGAGCUGAAGCUGAUGGACAACCUGUCAGGCUCUGUGUACCAUCAUUAUGCCCUCCCAGCUCCCGAAUAUUACAACUCUGAGAACCAGAUCCCUCUAGCUGAGAUGGAGGCUCUGUCUCUGGCGUCAGAUAUUCUCUCUGAAAAGUCCUGGUCCUUAGCUCUGACGGAUGACUCUUUUCCUGAUGAUACUAACACACACUUACUUAAUGCUCUGGAAAGCAAUGCUGAUCUCCGCUCCAAAGACGACACGUUGACCCUGUCUCCCAGCAAGGACUUGCUGAGCGUGAGGAAGCCUUCAGUGGGGCGCACACACUCUUUGCCAAAUGACAGCUAUAUGUUCCAGCCGCCGUACUCCAGCCCCUGCCCUGCUUCCCUGGGUGAGAGGAAUCCGGCACAUCACAAGUCCCAGUCAGGUUCCAAGGCAUCGGUGCAGUCACAGCCAGCAGACACCAGCUCUCUCCUACAAAUUCCUAAAGACCAUUUUCACCACAUGAGAGCUCAUGACUAUUUGGUGAGGGAGAGCAAGCCCCAGGUUUCCCAGCAGGUUCACUCUCCUUCUGCUGAAAGGCUGCUCCGCAGACAGAUGGCUAUCCAGAACGACUCUUUGGACAGCAAGGAAAAUCUCCACAUUGAGGUGAGUGAACUCUCUGACCCAAAUGUCCCCGCUGUGCCCAAGGAGGAGUCAUCAGUGGCUCUGACGCCCUCAGAAGCGAAUGAGGCGGCUGCAUGGAGCCGGGCAAGCGUUCGUACGCAGCAGCAUUCCCACAAUCAGUAUAAUAUUUCAAAGCAGGCACCAGCAUCGUGUGCUUGUGCAGACUCGUGUCAGGAGACACCUGGAGAUUCAAUGGACCAAGAAGUGUCUGAAAUAAACAGUUCCUCGGAACCUUCAGAAACUUGUACAGCCUCGAGUGCCUGUUCAGAGGUUCAGCCUCUCACUCCUAAGAGGAACAUAGGCAAUACCGGCAAUGUGACAUUGAAGGACCUGAAGAAAUACCACAGUGUAGACACACAGGGUCUUCUAAAAAAACCACCCUCUUGGUUAGAUGAUCAAAGGAGACAUUCAAUAGAAAUCUGUUCGAUGGAAAACAGCCCUCAGCACCAUUCCACUUCUAGCUCUUCUGGCUUCAUAAGUCAGGUGGUAAGUGAAAUGGAAGGCUUGCAAGGGACACGGCAGAAGAAAAAACUGAGCCCUCCAUGUAUAUCUAUAGAUCCACCUGAUGGACAGAGUUUGCUACCUAGAGGACCUCACAGCAUCUCACCUGCCAGUGGAGACGUUUGCUUGAGACGGCGUGCUCCAUCUUGUGAGUCCAAGGAUUCCACGGAUAUAGGGGAUUCGUUGCUUCCAGACAGUAUGUCAACAUCUCCUACCCCAAAGAAAGACUUGUUGACACUUCCUAGCUUUUCCUUUGAUCAAACGGAAAUGGACCCCUGAGUUACUUUUCUGUUGGUGCCAAAUGUUUUCUUCCUUUCAUGUAAUAGAAAAAGAAAAACCUAAAGAAACUCUGUAUUCCAAAAUGGCACUGGGUAAAAAAUUUCCAAAGAAAGAUUAAAGAACCAGCUGGUUAAAGAAGUGGUUAACCUAUAUCACGCUUACUUAAGCAUAUGUUCUGCUUAGGUAAAAGCAAUACAAUGUGCAGAAUCUAUAUGUAUAUUAUAUUUUAUUAAAUUAAUUGAAUCUAGUCUUGCGGGAUGUAGUACAUUUUGUGACUAAAGACUCAUUUAAUUUUCUUCUAUUUUAUGUAUCUCAGAAUAUUUCUGAGAUAAAGUUGGUUUUUAUAAAUAUUUUAACCUAAACAAAAAAAAAAAUCUAUUUAAUCCCUUCUCUUUUUUUUUUUUUUUUUGUUUUGUUUUGUUUGGGUUUCAGUUUGUUUUGCAAAGCACAAAAUGUAGCAAAUUAGUGCAUUACAGAGGAAAUGUAUCCCACAGUCAGCAGUAAAUAAGGAUUAUUUAAUGUAAUUUAUUUUUCCCCUUGGACUUCAAUGAUAUUCCUGGGAAAAGAUUUUUUGGAUAGUGUAGAAAUGCAGUGCCAAUUUUUUUAAUAGAAUAAUAUUCCAAUCUUGCACAAAAUGAACAUGCAGUGUGAAAGCAAGUGCACAAACCCAGGAAGGUCCAACCUGCAGAUAGAUGGUGAACAUCUGAAAAUGGUGAAUGUAGAGCCAUUUAACUGCACACCAUACUGAAUCAUUAAAGGGUAUUGUAGAUCAUCCACUGGUGACACACAAACUCAUGUCAAUGGCUAAUUUUCAUACCUUCCAAGGAAAUUGAGACAGCAGAAGACUGUGGUCAUUCCUGAGAUGUUUUUCCAGUGUCUCCAAGAUAGACUAUUUCUUUUGCUGAGUUUUACACCUCUUUAAACCCACUGUUUGCAGUGGAGCUCCUCCUUUCCAUGCCCACAAGGAAAGGAGAGUAAGGCCAUAUUUAAGACCUGGUGGGUGAAUUCAGUGCAGACAUGACACAACAGUGGGCUUAAGCACAUGUUUAAAGUUAAGCUCUUACUUAAACUGCCUUGAGGUUGAUCGUAUUUAAGUAGUUCUUGAAAAUUAAUAUCAUAUGCUUAUGUGUUCAACAGAAUCAAGGCCUACUGAAAGUUAUUACAGAUUAUGUGUAAGAAAGUCUGUAGGUACUGAAAUAACUGUUGAUUUUCAGUAAAAAAGUCUUUUUUUUGCUGUCACUGCUAGAGUUAAUUUACAUGACCCUGACUGUAACGUUAUUGCUAAUCUAUCAAAAGCCUUAAGCAGCAACAUCAUGAUACAAAGUAGAUAAAACCAGAACUCAUGUCCUUACGUUAUAACAUGUCCUUCAUGUCAUUCAUCUCAGAAAUUAAGUGUUUACUUCCCUGUUAAUGCCCUCUGCAAAAAGCAAUCUGUAAAACUGGACAGCACAGCUUGAAAACCAUGAGAGGUUGGCCCGGUUCGACACCUCCCGCUCUUCACUGGUGGAAACCAGACAUUAAUUCACUCAACUUCCAUGAAAUCACAUUCAGAUGUAGGUUAAAUAAGACUGAAGGCAUGCUUUGAAGUGUGAGAAUAGUCAGAGGUUUCGAACUGCGUACAUGGGUAGGGCUUUGCUGGAUCAUGUCUUUAAACCAGCACAGGCAAGAGGAGGAUUUGUGCUAAUUCUGUCAGUUGGGAGUUUGUAACUUUUGGAGAACUACUGAUCUUUUCGAAUCACUACAACAUUCAGAGAUUAGACUGUUACGACUACAUCUAUCUGCAUUAGCUUCGAGUAUCCAUGAAAGAAGAAGACGCUGUUCUACCUAACAGCCUAUGUGAGGUCUUAAGCUCCUUUAUUUUCACUUGCGGAUGUUUACUCCAUAAACAAUCCCUAUUGAUUUAGAUAUCCUGGAGAAAUGUAAGGGCAUUCAGCAGGAAGUCAGGCAAUUGGUGUAUUUGAAGUAGGAGGAUUAACAUUCUGUACUAUUUACUGCACUUACUUAGAUUAAUUCUUGGCUGGGACAUUUUUCCCCUCUUCAACGCAGGCCCACACAGAGACCGCUCUCUUUGAUAUGCCAGUCCAAAUCCAAACUUAAGCCCGUUCAAAGCAAUGAUUUCAAACAAACCUUUCAUCAUUUCUUCGCCCAGAUCACAUUUAAGGAAAUAAUAAAAUUACAGUGUAUUAAGCCUGAGAAAUAUUCUUAAUCCCUUUUUGGUUUUACCCUCAUAAUGAGCCUUAGCUUUUCCUUUCACAUGUACUAAAUGAUUUGGGAAAAUAGCUAGGCCACUAAAAUUGCCAACCUUGGUUCCUUAAUGAUUGGGAUUGUGUUUGUAUAGCUGAAAUGAUACUACUUGUACAGUUUCCUUCCUUGCAAAAAACCCACCUAACAUUUUAGCUUGAAAUCAUGGCACAAAACGGUGAUGUAAAUCCAAAUGCUCAACUCCAAAUGUAACAGAAAGCCUAAAGGCUCUUCUAUUUCCAAUAUCUGAGGUUUUGCCCACUGACAAGGUUUGUGGAACUAACAAAAAGUUUACAUCACACGUGACUAUUCAGUAAAGAUGAGCCAAUAAAAAACUACUCUAAGAUUAUGCAUUCAGGAAAAGAAAUCCAUGUAAAAUAGUUUGUUUUCUAAACCAGACAAGUUUUUUCUAGAUGCCCUUUUGAAAGACAAAUACAAAUGUACUGCAGCGUGUGCAAUAAUCUUAAGAUAAUUUUAAAUACCUUUUGGGGGGGUUUUAUAGAAUUUGACUUUUUUUAAGCAAAAUGUACAAAAUCCACAGGAAUUCUGUAGAAUGGUUAUGUUGAUAGAACUUUUUAUAUUUUUGUAGAAAUCUAUAGAGAAAUUGUUAAAAGUCUGCGUAGCAUCUUGGGAACAGAAGCAGCUCUUAUCUACAAGUUUCUUUACAUAAACCUGGAGCCAGAGCUACUGUAUUACAACGUGUAUAGCCUAGUUUCAGAGCUUACCUCCAGGUCGCAUUUAGAAGUAAGCAGCUAAGCUCAAGUUCUACGAUAUUGCAGUGCUAUUACUGUUGGAGAACUGUACCCAUAUGAAACAUCUACCCCCAAAACUCAGCCCCUAUCGAUGGUAAAGUAGUCGCAUGGCUAUCAAAUUCAUUCAAGCACACCAGCACUUUACUACUGUGGAUUUACUGUAUAUAGGUGGGAGGAGGAUAUUCUGCUAUUGCCAGUCUGACACACAGGGAAAAAGAGAUUGCAGACGUGUCUGCAAAGAUGGGAAUUCCAUUCUUGCAGCCCCUCGCACACAGAACUGAUUUUUCAUAGCUUGGUUACAGGACAUUUAUACUGUAGAUAUUUUGGAGGAGGGCAAAGAAAACACUGUUUUUGACUUCUGUGGAUUGCACUCAGCACAAGGUGUGUUCAAGGAGAAAAGGAAACAAAAGCAUUACCAUUGUAAAUUAGGCUAUGCCCCAGUCUCCCCUUUUCUGCCCCUUCAGCUAUAAUAACCCAUGUACACUAUAACACAAGGUGACUAGAGUAGGCACAGUACCAUUGCAAUGUCCGUAACGACCUAGUAUAUAUGAUAGAACUUUGUAUUUAAUAGUUAAUAUAUUGUUAUACUGUAUCAGGUAUAUAGGCCAAAACGAGGUCUUCUGGUCAGGGCAACAAAAGGUGGUAUUCAUGGGGAAAAUUGGGUUAAAAUGUUCCUUUUUAAAAAAAAAAAAAAAA